AUGUCCUUCGCCAAGUACCUCCUCCCCGCGUUGGCAGCUACCCAGCUCGCCUUCGCCUCCGACUCCGACUCCUGCGGUGAUGUGACCAUCAAGACCCAGAGCGAUGCCGAUGGCAUUGCCAGCUGCUCCACCCUCAGCGGUGACGUGACCAUCGACUCUUCCUACUCUGGUGACCUUACCAUCAACAGCGUCCAGAAGAUCACUGGUAGCAUCACUGGCAACAACGCUACUCAGCUCACUGGCAUCAUCGCCCCCGAGCUCGAGUCGAUCGGUGACAGCUUCUCCCUGAAGGAGUGCACUCGCCUCACCCAGCUGAGCUUCUCUGGCCUGACCUCCAUCGGCGAGAUCAACUGGGAGGCCCUUCCCGCCCUUCAGUCCCUGGCCUUCACCACCGGUGUUACCGACGCUGGUGAUGUUCUGAUCACCAACACUGGUCUCCAGAACCUCCAGGGUAUCUCCCUGAAGACCGUCGGCAAGUUCCAGAUCACCGACAACACCAACAUGAAGGAGAUCAACAUCAACAACCUGCAGAACGCUACCGAUCUUGUCAACAUCGCUGGCAACUGGAACAAGCUCGAGAUUGAUCUCCCCAACCUCGGCACUGCUUACAACAUGACCUUCCGCAACAUCAGCUCUGUCUCCAUGCCCUCCCUGGAGAAGCUCAAGGGCCAGCUCGGUUUCUGGGGUACUGAGUUCGAGACUUUCUCCGCUCCCAACCUGACCACCACCGCCGAUCUGACCUUCAACGACAACUCCAAGCUGUCCAACAUCAGCAUGCCCGUUCUCCAGAAGGUCAACGGUGGCUUCGUUGUCAGCCGUAACGACAAGCUGAGUGACAUUGAUCUGCCCAAGCUGACCACCGUCACCGGUGCCAUCGACUUCAGCGGUACCUUCGACACUCUGAAUAUGGGCUCCCUCGAGGAGGUUGACGGUGGCUUCAACGUGCAGUCCACCGACGGUACCUUCAACUGCCAGACCUUCAAGACGUUGAAGGACAACAACACCAUCCGUGGUACCUACCAGUGUAAGGCCACCACCAAUGACCCCACCACCGCCAACGGCAAGUCCGGCACCGGCACCACCUCCAGCGGCAGCUCCUCCAGCGCCACCUCCUCUGGUGCUGCCUCUGCUAACUACGCCGUUCCCGCCACCGGUGUUGCCGCCUUCUUCUUCGCUAUUGCUCAGCUCAUCUAA